CAGAGGAACUCAACCAACAAGUUUUGGCGGACCGCCCUGAAACCACCUGCCCGGACCCGGCGGUAUAAGUAGACGCGCCUACCAAAAGAGCAAACAAGAAACAACAAGAGACGCACAAGGAGUCUCCAAGAAAAAUAGACAAGAAGAAAGAGGCAUAAGAUUCCAGCAUCACAGACAAGCCGCAGCACAUUUCCAAUCUGAUCAUCUCCGGAAUUCCAGCCUAAGGGAAGUUAACAACUGUAUCUUACAUUGCGAGCGAUUGAAAGAAAGACUUCUGCUUUUCCACCUAUCUUCACAAAAGGAAACUUGCCAAAAUGAUGAUGCAAAUGACAGAAACUACCAACCAGAAAAACUCCCUCUUCAACGCCAUGAACCGCUUUAUCGGCGCCGUGAACAACAUGGAUCAGACAAUUAUGGUGCCCAGCCUUUUAAGGGACGUGCCGUUAGAUGAGGACCGGGAGCUUGGUUCUCUGAAGUCGGACAUGGAGGACGGAGACAUGUACAGCUACUACCAGCUCCUCAAGUCUAUCCGCCAAGACAUUGAGUGGGGAGUCAGGUGCGCAGCGGCUGACGAGAAGCGCAAGGAGAGCAUGAAGCUCACGCGCAGUAGUUCAUCUAUCUCCACCACUUCGUCUGCCUCCUCUGUCGCUUCGUUGUCAUCAGAAGAAGACGAAGAAGAAGAGGAGGAAGAGGAUUUGCACGAGCAGUUUCAGUACCAUCUGACCGGACUCCAAGGUGUAUUGUCUAAACUCACGCAGUCGGCCGUAUCUCUCACAAAGCGCUACAAAAAGGAGAUUGGAAUCGGAGGAUGGGGCCAGUGAGCUCUGAACUUAAAACGAACUGAAGGACUAGUCACUUGGCCUUCCUCUGUUUGGUGAAUAGAACGAGGCAGAUGACAGUUUUACUAUGCACAAGCCGGCUAUGGUGUUGGUCUGUUCUGUAUUGUUGUUUUAUAGUGCAGAUGCGCUGAUCGUUUUGGAGAGUAUAUGUGUGCAUUACAUAUCAGACUAUCCUUUUGCACUCAAAUGUUGUACACAACAUGCCCUCAACUGCAGUGAUGCGCAAAUGAAACAUAUUUAAAACUUUUAUUUAAUGUACUAUUUAUUACCUCACAGUCUAACUGCUAAUGUUAACAUUUAUGGAAAGGUUAUGAGAUACCUAAUCUGCUGCUGCUGUGACAGAGAAUACUGACAAUGAUUUGGCAUCUUGAUGCUUAUGAUGUUAGUGAUUUUUUUUAGCUAAACAAAGUAUCUAUGAAUGACCUUUCCUCCACUUGUAUUUGUCCUUGUUUCUGAAAUGUGUGAAUGUGAUGGAGGCAGAUUUAGCAAUUGCUGCCUGUGAUAUCCAAGUUACAAUAUCAAUGAACUGGAAUGUACUUAGUGUACAUAGGCCUAGACCUGGUGUUUCCUUGAGAUAUUGUUUUCUGACUCUUAUGUGAUAGGUCUACUACUGGGUGUCAUGAUCCCAGUGUGUAAAAGCAGCAAUACUUUCAUGUUAAUCUUUUGUACCUGUUUUCAAUAAAAUUUUGUACCAGUCAA